AAUUCCAAUCUUGGAGUUCAUCAGGAAAAGUGUGCGAGAAGGACUGCUUUGAAUCAAGUAUUGUGUCAGUGACAGACUUAUAUAGUCAGUGGCUUGUGAAAGAUCACUUAUCAUCAUGAGUGAACAGGUGAAAUUUAUCAUCCAGGAAUUGAACAAGGAGCCAUUCAAUAAGGGCUUCAACUUGAUCAGUUUUGAUCAGUUAGAACCCCUGGCUCUUCUCCAGGUUCUCACAGACAUUUUGGGCGUUAUUGACCCCAGGCAAAAAGUGGACAUUCGCGAGGAAUCGCCAGACCAAACCGCUGUGAGGAUGUUCACCUGUUUGAGGAUCCUCAAAUACAAACCCAGUACAGAAAACCUGAGUACAUUCAGAACUGGUCUGGUACAGGCGGAUAAGCCAGUCAUCUACCCGAUCAUGGAGUGGCUAUUACAGAAGAGGGAUGAACUGAAGAAGAGGGCAUACCUGGCUAAAUUCCUUGUUAAGGUGGAGGUGCCACCUGACAUCAUGCAGGAUGACCAAGUCAGUGAUAUAUACGCACAGUAUGAAGAGUUGAUCGCCCAGUUCAAAGAUCUUCACAAACAGCAUGAGAAUCUGAGAAGCACAGGGCUGAAUACGACAGAGAUCCGUAAGGACAUUUCCAAUAUGGAGGAGGAGAAAGACCAAUUGAUGAAAAGAAUUGAGCGCGUCAAACGCAAGGUGGAGAGUCACCCAAACUCCCAGUCCAUGAUGAACGUGGCAAAGAACUUGAGGAAGGAGAGAGACCGUGAUACUAAACUGGCUGCUCAGAGACAGGAACAGAAAAACCUGAUUCAGCACUGUGAACAGAGAAUUCAGAGGCUCCAACAACAGCUGCGGGACAUUCGACAGGCCAGCGUGGGAGCCACGCCUGAAGGACUGUUGCAGCGUCUGGAUGAAGAGACAAGAGCUAACAGUUACAUCGUUAAGGAGAAGCUCCCUAAGGAGAUAGAGAGUAAGAGGAAAACGAUUCAGGAGUUACAGAGGGUGGUGAUGGAGCCAGCGAUGGGCCAGUCUGACCUCGACCACCUGCGGGAUAAGAUUGACCAGCUUAAUGUGGAGACCAAUCAGUUGAUCGAGAAGAGAAUGCGCAGUAAUGACCCCAUAGAUGACAAACUCUCACUCUUCAGACAACAGGCUGCCAUAAUUAGCCACAAGAAGGAGGCAGCGGCUGUGUCGCUCCGUGAGGCUCGGGAAGAGUACAAUAAAGCCCUUCAGGAAGCUGACGACAAACGAGAGCUUGUCAAGGAUGUUGACGGGGGAGAAGUUCUCAAGGGGGAAGAUUUUAAGCGAUACGUGAACAAACUGCGAGGUAAGAGCACCAUCUACAAGAAGAAGAGACAGGAACUGGCAGAAGUUCGUGCUGAGACUGGAGUUUUGUCACGGACAGAGGAGAUUCUCAAACAGCAGGAGAACAGCAUAAAUCAGCAGCUCGGUGUGCUGGAGAAGAAAAAGGGUGUGGCAGGAUACAGGGAGACACAGGAGGAGCUGGAGAAAGUGUCCUCCGUCAAGAGUGAAUAUGACGACAUGAAAGGCAAGACCCUGGAGGAUAUGUCAGAAAUGGUGCGGCAGCUUAAUGCCACCAUCGCCCGCAAGAAGGGUGCCCUGGCACCCGUGAUUAAAGAGCUCCGGCCCAUGCGGCAGAGAUGUCAGGAGCUAACUGUGUUGUACGAAGACAAGAAGGCAGCGUAUGACACGUGCUCUGCUGGACUAGAGAGUAACCGCUCCAAGCUAGAACAGGAAGUGCGCACUCUCCAUGAAGAGGUAUCUGCCGAGGAAUCGCGCUACCAUUAUCUAAACUGUAUGAUGGCGAUUAUAAAGAUCCAGAAACAGAAGAUCGAUGAUGAGAUGAAGGCCUACACCUCAUCUGACCCUCAGGAGAAACGGCGAACUUUCAGGGAAAUGUACACCAAGAAAAUACAGGAGCAAGAAAAUUUGGGAAAGGGAUUGCGUGAGAAGCAGAAAACUGUGCGUGAGCAGCAUGGUCCGAAUAUGAAACAGAUGAAGAUGUGGCGAGACUUUGAGAGCCUCAUGGCUUGCAAGAGGAAGUGUUUUGACCAGGCGAGGGCUGGUGGGGGAAUGGACGGAGCCGGGUUGACGUACGGAGAGCUCCCUGCCCCUUCAAUGCAAGAAGAGGACAGACUGGUGCUGUAGUGAUUUCUGCCUAUCUUGGCACUGUCCCCAAGUUUUAGUGAUCCAAGGUUUUGGAAUUGAACUUAUGUUUGACCAUAUGUUUCUACUAGAUUCUUGCAUGACUCUAUGUGCAUGUCCUUUGGAUCUGUUCAUGAUUUCUGGAUUGUAUCUACCUUGUUGGCAGGUAGAUGGUGGCAUUUCCAACUCCACAUCGCCUGUAGACGAUGUUUCGGUUACAUUAUUGGUAUCUCUAACCUAUUCAGCUGACAUUGUCCA